CUCAGUAAGAGCGAUUGCAGCUGGAGAGACAGUAACAGCGACGCGCGCACAGCCACAUUCGGACUUGCUAUGGACCAGCAGUAUGAUUUAUUGAGCUCCUCGCCCAAUAGCCACACAGCUCACUACAACUCUGCCGACACCAUGGCAACCUCCCUUUCUGGAAUGACCAUCAAAGAUCAUCACCAUGGCAACCAGUUCCAUAAGGAGAAUGGAGUUGCGGUGGGGCUUGUGAGACCAGGCGACUGUCCAAUGAAAGAGGGUUCCCAGGAUUCAAGAGAAGAGCAGACAGAAGAUCAGCCCAUGGCUGUGGAAGUGGCAAGCGCUGGAGGACCUGGGGCCACAGCUCAGUCCAAGACCAAUGGUGAUGCUGACAAGAGGGCUCCUAAUAGUGGUAGACCCCAUGCUGCUGGUACGAAGAUUCCUGCCAUGACUGCGGUUGCCAAAAAUGGAAAAGACUCUCCUAAGACCCCUGAGACCAGCGGGCACAAUAGUCCUGCCACUCCCAAAUCCCCUGCCAGCAAGGCUGUUGGUGGCAAGCCUCUCGCCGGCACAGGCAAUGAAAUCAAGAAGGUGGCAGUAAUUCGCUCAACUCCUAAAUCUCCAAAGAACCGUUCUCCUUCUUCACUGUCUACUGCGGCCCCCCUCCCUGACCUGAAGAACGUUCGCCCCAAAGUCGGCUCCACUGAUAACCUGAAGUACCAGCCUGGAGGCGGCCAGGUACAAAUUCUUGAUCAGAAGGUGGACUUCAGUAAUGUCCAGUCAAAGUGUGGCUCCAAAGCCAACCUAAAGCACGUACCAGGAGGUGGCAAUGUGCAAAUUCUUGAUCAGAAGUUGAACUUAAGUAGCGUGCAGUCUAGGUGUGGUUCCAAAGAUAAUAUCAAACAUGUACCUGGAGGUGGCAAAGUCCAAAUCCUCCACAAAAAGAUUGACCUGAGCAACGUGCAGUCAAAGUGCGGAUCAAAAGACAACAUUCGCCACAAACCAGGUGGAGGAAACAUUGAGAUCAGGUCAGAGAAGCUUGAUUUCAAGGCUCAGUCAAAGGUCGGCUCACUGGACAACAUCAAACAUGUGGCUGGAGGAGGCGCCAGGAGGAUUGAGUCACACAAACUGAUGUUCCGUGAGCAGGCCAAAGCGCGAACCGACCAUGGUGCAGAAAUCGUGUCUCUAGAGGAGUCGCCACAUGGCUUGAGCACCGUUUCCUCCUCCGGCAGCAUCAACAUGGCAGAUCCGCCGCAGCUUUCCACCCUCGCAGACCAGGUGUCUGCGUCUCUGGCCAAGCAGGGCUUGUGAUUGGACCACACCACCACCCAAACACGCCCCUAAAACCCAACCCCCUAACACAUUCACACACAUUCACCUGCCUGAUACGGUAACAUUGUAACACUGAAAGGUGUCACUUUGUGGCCCAGAAAACAUUGUCAAGUAACCUCUGGCAGACACUGUUCAGUUUUGUAAUAUGUAUGAUUUAUAGGCCAAUGAAGCUGUUUUAACUGAAUUAUGUAUGGAUUUGCCUGUUCACUUGUCCCUCGCCUUAAGUCAGUGUUCUUGGUGGGAAUUUAGGAAUCAAAAUAUAUAGAUAUUUUGUCCUACAAUCUUGCUCCCUUGACAUAAGUGGAUAUACUGUAUUUAGUAGCACAAAAUUGCAUUCAUGUAUUUGUUGAACAUCACAUAUUUUCUUUAAUUUAAGCCUUUUUUUUUAAGGUUGAAUCAGGUUACAAUCAGAUUUAAGAUCACAAAUAAGUCGCUAAGAAGCACCUAAAAUGAAAAUCUGAGCGUCUUAGAGCACCAUGUCUUCAGAGACAUAGAAACUUAAAGCCCUGCAGUUCAUUUGAAAUUAUGUGUGAGGCAUAAGUGAUGAAAAAAAGACUUACAGAACAGCUUUGUGAGAGCUUUUGAAAGCUGAAGCCUUUUGGUUCUUUCAAGCUCUUGUGUGUGCCAUUGAUCUGAGAUUACACUUCAACAAGAUGUGAAGAUGUCCAAGAUGCCCCCUGAGAUAUUUUCUGCAGUAAACCAUGAGAUUCAGAUUGCUUCACAGAGAAACGCUUUUCUUACAGUAUUAUUCUGUGGAUAUGGGAUGUUUAUUAUAUGAACAGUUAUUUUUGUGCCAACUGGCAGUCUUGAAUUUUCAUUUUCAUCAGUGAUAAAUAAAAAUGCCUCUCCUACUUUUAGUUUGGUUUUCAAAGGUGCUGUAAGCGAUUUUUUUCAUGGAGAAAUAUACAAAAAAUGUUCCUACUCCCUUAAAGAUAUGAAUGAAAUGUGACCUGAGAUAUCUCACCAAUCUCUGUGACAGCUGUAGACUUUGUAAACAGCAAACAAUAAUGUGUCUGCAGACACUGACGCUUUUCAACUGUCAAUCAUUUUGCUCGUUCUCAUAGUGUUGCAUUUGAAGCCGAUCAUUGAGGCUAUGAUUCAUAAUGUUUGUCAGUUGAGGGCACUAUUGUGCCACAAACAAUGCUGCUCUUUUGAGACUUGUGUCUCUGCAGAACAAAAAUAAGCAUUUUUCCAAUCAGUGGGUGUUUUCAAACCCAUUUACAUGAUUUUCCUGCUACACUGAAAUUCCCUACUUUCAUUGGAUAGUUGAAAAAACUCCCAUCAUGAUUUGAAAACACCCACAGAUUGAGAAAUGCCCGUUAUUGUUCCACAGAGACCUAUACUUCACUCUUUUGCUUGGUUUUGGUCUCAAAAUUAACUUUGGAGGGUGGGGUUUUGGAAUGAAGGGGCAUGGCUAAUUCAAUGGCUCAGUCACGUCAAAGCUUCAGAAUGCUAAAAUUGCUUAAAGCACCUUUAACACUGGCAACUAACAAAACAUUUAAUUGAUAUUGAUUUUUUUUUUUUUUUUUUUUUUGCAUAAAACUAAAUUAUCUAAAUUAAGUUGUUGCUAAAUGUAUUAAGUUGCACAUGGCAGAUGUUUUUAAGGACAAGUUGCAUGUGUUAUAUUUGGCAGGUGCAAUGAUUGAGAUUUUAUCCGUAACUGCCAAUUUCUCUCUUUUAUUGCUUGUGUGACAGCCAGAUGUAAUUUAUGAGAUGAAUUGCCAAACGGUUCUCCUUAAAGGAAAAUUCUGGGUUCAAUACAUUGGUGGCAUAAUAUUGAUUAUCACAAAAAUUUAUUUCGACUCGUCCCUCCUUUUCUUUAAAAAAAAAGCUCAAAUCUGGGUUCCAGUGAAGCACUUACAAUGGAAGUGAAUGGGGACAAACCGUAAACGUCAAAAGUAUUGCCACAAGACGUAAACAAUAUGCAUGUAAACAUGAUUUUAGUGUGAUAAAAUCAUUUAUAUCCAAUUUUGCGACUUUUUUGCCAUGACGACAUAAUGCCGUAAACCCUAAAACGAUUUAAACAACUUCAAAGCUAAAAUAAUACAUGAGUUGUGACAGAAUUAAUGUAAAUGCAUUUAUAAAAUUAUAAGCUUCACAUUUCUGCCUUUAAACCCUCCAAAAAUUGCCCCCCUUCACUUCCAUUGUAAGUGCCUCACUGUAACCUCCAUGUUUGGGACGAGUCGAAAUAAUUUUUUGUGGUAAUCAACAUUAUGCCACAAAUGCUGUCAAUUGAGCUUAACUUGCACUGAACCCGGAAUAUUCCUUUAAGGCACACUCUGGUCUGUUGUAAAUUGCCCUUCACAUGUAUUCUCAUAAUAUGUUGUAUUGUUCUUCACAAAAAAAUCCACUAUAUCACAAGCAUGCAUGUUAGAACGUUCUGAUCUUUUGAACACUUCCUAUUCAGCUGUAUUACGUCUUUGAAUGAGGAUGUAAUGUCCUCAACUGAUUAUAUUGCUUAAAUUCUCUCCCUUUGCACUGCACUAUUGCAGAAUGUUUAAUGAGCUUUGAUCAACUCCACACUAUCAUUGCUCCUUGCAUGCAUUUCAUGUAAGAAGCCCAAGAUACUGCGUUGUCUCUUAAGUAUAUCCUGUAAAUGCUGACAUGCUUAUUAGGAUAUGUAUGUAGAUAGUAGUCAAAAAAAGCACUACACAGACGACGACCCCUGUUUCUUUGUGUUGGAGAUGAAGCCGUGUAACUACCAUAAGAUAUUUAAUGUAUGUUUAUUGUAUGUGAAUGACUGUAUGUUUCUACAAGGACUUGAAGAGACUUUAAAAAAAGCAGAGAAGUUCAGAGACCAUGCUUGCAACACUUUAAUCUGCAUGCCGAGUUGUUUUACAUAGAUUGGCAACACAUUUCUGAAUGUUUUCUGACUAGGGUGGGUUUUGGUAUGUUAAAGUUUUGGAAACAUGAUGUUGUUCCAUUGUGGUGCUGUUGUGAGACGAGGGGGAAAUUGAGAGUUUAGCUGACAGGAAGAAAAAAAGAAGAGUCUGUCCUUUGGUUUCAGUGUCUCACUCUAUAGCACAUGCCACAUGGUUCUGGGUGCAGUUUUGCCAUCUUGUUGUCAUUGACUCCAUGUACCAUUUUUACAGUUGUAAAUUUUAGCUUGGGAACUGUGGUUGUCAAUUUUGUUCUUGUGUGUUUUAUUAAUAACUGGUUUACAAUGAUUCUUGAUGUACAUGUGAAUUUGGAAAUAAAGGAUAUUACAAAA